AUGGAGGCGCCUUUCAAGUCUCCAGAGCCACAGCCACAGCCGCAGCCAGAGCCAGCUGAUGCUGGCAGCAAUAAUACUGGCAGCAAUGCCAUCGUCGUCCAGCAAUUCGCCAGGUAUCCGCCUAUUUUUGACACGCCGUUGCGCAGCAGCUCUCCUGGAAGCGCGCGCAGCAGAAUAGCUGCAUCGCACUCGCCACCUUUGCGCCGCAAAGAAACGCCGCCUCGCAGUUUGCAGUCGUCGCCUCGAGGGCCACUGUCUGGCCCAAUGGUGCCGUCGGGCUUGCGCGCAGGCAUGUCCAUGUCGCCGCCGCCGCCGGCAGUGGUCGAGGUCGAGGUCGAGGUCGACAGCCGCGCUCCUCACCACCAGCGAGCCAUGUCUCGCGACUCAGUAGGCGAUGCAGAGCGCCGUGUGCUGCCUUUGCGAGAUGUCACCGAUGAAACGAUAGACGAUGCCUACGUCGCAUUUAUCAUGUACUGCAACCCCAAUGUCCCCGCGACUGCGAAUUCCAUCGAACUACGAAAGACCUUUCGAGGCCCACCGCGCAGCGAUGGGAAAAGCUUUAGUACCUUUGUCUUGUGGGAGCUCAUUCGGAAACUCGAUCGCAAGGAGCUCAAGACCUGGAUUCAGCUGGCCAUUGAGAUGGGGGUCGAGCCGCCUUCGCUCGAAAAGAAGCAGAGCACGCAAAAGGUGCAGCAAUAUGCCGUGCGACUAAAGCGUUGGAUGCAUGCCAUGCACGUGGAUGCGUUUUUUGAAUAUCUUCUCGGCCACGAUCACAUCUACUACAAACAACUUCCCAUAUUCAAUGGACAAGGGCCAGGCGGCGAGGAUAGAGACGGCGUUCCCUUGGAAGAAGACCUGGCUCUGCGCGCCCUGGUACCCGAAUGGAAGCCAAAGCGAGGUAGAAAGCGUUUCGAAGAGAGAGAAAGAGAAGACCCCCGCUUCCCCAAACGACCUCAGCUGGACACGGCAAUGACUAUGAUGGAUGGGAACUCUCUGGCUGCUCAUGCAGCAAACUUUCCGCAAAGCGCUAUUCCUUUCAGUGCCUACCCAGAAGAUGCCGACCAAAACGAUCCAUGGGCCGCCGCUGCGUCUUCGUUUGGGACCGAUCAUCAGCAGCAGCACCAUCCGCACCACCAGCACCACCACCAGCAGCAGUACCAACAGCAGUACCAACAGCACCAACAGCACCAACAGCAGUACCAACAGCACCAGCAGCACCAGGCUGCUGGCCCAGAUCUACGCUGGCGACCGUUUGAAGGGGAAGGCUCUCCUCCAGGUUUUCCGCGAUCAGCGGUUAUCCCAAGGAAUCACCAUGAAACGGAUCCGGGAUCCUUUGUAGAGCCUCGGUCUGCCGUGAUGUCCUCCUCGCAAGAAAAGCCUCGCAGUCGUCGACGACAUGGACCUGCUGUGUCAUCUGCAUGGCCUAGCAAUACAGGGACAAUGACAGGAAAGGUCAGAGGAAGACCACCCAACCGAGGAUCCGCUCCGAACGGCCCAUUCUCUUCAUUCCCGGUGAAUCCUAGCCGGUCACAUCAUCCAUCAUCAGGUCCUAUUCCCAGCAUUCGCUCAUCUCCAGCAACCGGGGUAGACCACAUGUAUUCUUUAGCACCACCACCACGUAACCCGACACCAAAUUCCUUUGAGCAAUCCGGCGCCCCAAGACCAGAGAGACUCCAUCUACACGUGCCACACCACGACGGACACCCUGUGCGCCUGGCGACACCGCCGACGCUCGUGGUCAACGGCACCAACGACGUCUCCUCCUCGAAUCGAUUCGACGGCCGUCGUGCGUCAAUCGCAACUUCAAAUGACAUUGACGAUGCUGCAUCUCUCCGCUCAAUGGCAACAGACCGAGGAGGACCACCGCCGCAGUCAAUUCAUCAGCCUGGCAAGGUGUUGUCACUGGACGAGGUAACCCGCGCCAUCGCCAGCAAAAUCCAGCACACCAAAAAACUAGUCGGCCGCUCAACCCCGCUUGAGGCCGAUGAAGCCCACGCCCUCGCGCAUGUCGCUGUACAACGAAUUUGCUCUAUCUACCCAACAAUUCCCGCAGACUCGCUGGCCAUGUUCUGUGCCAUGUAUUUCAGCGUUGGACACAAACUAGGACUCGCACGUACAUCUCCUUCAUCUAUCACUGUUCAAGUCGACCACACAUCACCGCAAAAUGGUGGUGACUCGGGAAACGCCGGCCCACCAAAUCACAACUCUGGUGGUGGCCAGAUAUACUAUUCGCUCAUCGUCGAGUCCCAUGCAUUUGGCUUCAGCAGCAUGCUGAGCAACCUCUCUUUGGCAUCUCCUGGCCAGUCCGAGAGCGGCGGGUUAAAGGACAGCAGUGAACCGCUCGACUUUAAUACCGAAGAUGAUGAAUACGACGACGAUUUUCUCGGUGGCUCGACGACCGAAGAAGGAAACUGGAAGCAGCGAUACAUGCGGCUGCGCCAGCAGAUGCGUCGCAAGGAGUCGGCGUUGCGUGAAUAUAAAAAGAAUCUCCUGCAAUCUGUUAUGGCUGAUGUAUAA